GCCGAAACAAGGAACAAAGAGAAUGCUGGGGAAUCUGUGCUAAAUUCAAAAUGGAGGUUUUGUCUUGGUCCGGCGAUUGGAAUCUCCCUUCGGUGGACGUCCGCUGUUUGGAGGUUUUGGUGGGUAAACUGCCUUCCUUUACGCCCAGAUCUAUAAUGCCAUUUCUUAGCUUCUCCAUUUUUGUUAUAGGCCUACGCUAAAUUUGCUGAAUGCCCGUUAAACGUCAACCGAUGUAACAACCCUUGGAAAUCUUCCAUAGGUGAGGACUUUAACUCCAGAGAUAGUCGGAACCAGUAACUAUCGAUUCCAAAUAAGAUAAUUAGGUGCUGAAAUAGACUGAAUGUCUUACUUUUAGAUUUGCUCGUCCAUGAUCAGAGAAGUGAUGAAAUAUACGCAUGUUUCACAGAAAAUUCAUUUGUUCUAGGAGAAUUUCCGGUUUUAAAAUCUGGUGAAGAUGUACUCAUCACGUCUAGCAAGAUCAUGGAUUACUUGAGAGGAAAAGUAGGUAUAAGGCUAUAGUAUGUUUAUGUGUAGUCACAGAGUGCCAAAUUUCUUUGUGUUGCAAUUUGCUGCUCACUAAAACUUGUCAGUAAAAAUGGUUUUUAAAAAUUUAUGUCCUACACAGAACUUCAAUGCCGAUUAUCAACUGACGGCAAAGCAGGGAGCAGACACUCUUGCAUUUGUUUCACUGGUCCAUAGCAAAUUGUACCCAGCAAUUGUAAGUUGAACAUGCACUUUCUCUAAGAGUAAUGGAUGAAAGUCGUACAAAAUGUGAUUCCUAUUUCUUAACUGUGCCAGUCAUGAUUGUUGCAUCAAUAACCUUGUUGAUGCUUAAAUUAAAUUUCAAACUAAAUUGAGGUGAAUUAAUUACAUAAAAAUUUUGUUUGGUCUUGCAGUUAUUUACAUUAUGGGUGGAUAACACAAAUUACAUUAAAUUAACUCGUCCAUGGUAUGCACAAAGAUUACCUUUUCCACUGAACUAUUUUAUCCCUGGACACAUCUCAAGACAAACAAGGAGGCACCUGUCGAAUGAAAUGCACUCAGAGGUGACAGAUGAUGCACUGGAAAAUAAGGUAGGCCUUAAAAUAGUAGUCUGAUAAAUUUGUCAAAGUCUGCAGGAAUUCAAUCUCUGUCAAGGAUGUUGUUGCUUUUAUUUAUUUAUAUCUUUAUAACAGAUAAAAUGUCUAUGAAAAGUGAAAGAGGAUGGAGUAAGUCCAUAACAGGAUAGCAAAGAAGGGCAGAGAGGGGGGUAAUCCAUACCUCUUUUAUAAAAAAAACAUAGAGGGUUAUCAUUAUUAUCAUUCACUUAACUGUUUGUACUUUUUCUUAGCUUGCCCUGUUCUCCAAAUCUAAAGUGGCCUUACUAAUGCUUUUUUGAAUAUUUACUGUACCCAAACAUUUACACAAUUACCAGCUUUCCACACAGCUUCAAAGUGGAGAAGCAGUAGCCUUACAAGCAGAUUGCUGCUAUUGGAGUGGAUUGGUGUGGGUUUCAGAGCUGGUUGGGUCAUUAUGUUAUGUUCCUGGCAAGACACUUAACUGUCGCAAUGCCUCUCUCCAGCUGUGAAUACAAACGGGCACUGCUUAACUGUCAGGGCAACCUGAUGGAAUUCUUGGGAAUAAGCUAUGUUUAAUUAACUUCCUAUCUGGGGGGAGGUACAAUACUCUUAGUCGUUCCUUGUUACAGAGACUGGGCUUGAGUACACACUCCACCUCUAUCUAAAUGGCUUUAAACACUUCUUCAACACAAGCUUCAUAUCAUGUUUUCUAUGUUUCUCAGAGCAGUUUUAAUUUGAGAAUUAUUUUGGCUUUGGUUUUGUCUCUCAGCUUUUCAAAGAUGCUUUGGAAUGUCUAAAACUGUUAUCCACAAUGCUGGAUGGAAAGGAGUUUUUUUUUGGUGACAGGUAACUCAAAAUAUAUUUGUUGUUCUCCUGGCUACUUGCUGUAUAUUUCCUUGUAAAUGAAUGAAGAGAAUUUAGCUUUACAUCAGGAUAGGAGAGUCACCCUUUAGCUGAUAAGUAUAUAAAUUCUAAUUGCCUGUUUGUAGGGUAGUGUUUUGAAAUUGUUGGGAAAAUUUGCAUGUUGAUCACUUCUAGUGAUUAAAGGAUUAACAUAAAAAAUCUUUUGUUCCUUACAGUCCAACCACCCUUGAUGCUGUGGUAUUUGCUCAUCUUGCAGUGAUCUGGAAAGCCCCAUUACCAAAUAAAAAACUGUAUAACUAUCUACAAGGAUAUGACAACUUGUGUACGUUCUGUGGACGAAUAUUACAGCGCUACUUCCCGGGAGAAGUAAAUGGUAAGAGGAAAGCAUUUUUCAGUUAUGGGUGGCAAAAAUUAACAACGAAUGGAAAUCACAGACUUGUAAACAUAAUUGGUCGAAUUUUUUUCAUUUUGGAGAAACACGACGGUAUCUUUUAUGGGAAGUUUGAAGUAGAGUUUCCUGAACUGAAACCAGCCUCAGGAAAAUGAUUACUCGAAGCGGCACUUAGCGGUAUUAAGAUAAAACGACUUUUAGCGAACGAGUUGAAAGGUCGGUUUUAUCAAGCGAUUGUGCAGAGGCCCGAAGAGGGAGCUCUUUCCUUGUACGAGAACUAGAGGCGAGCAAACAAAAGACAACUACGUCAUUCUUAAUUGUAAUCUUUAAAAAAGGGUACUGUUUGUCACUUUCUUCCAACUUUUAGUCUUUAAGACCUUGAGAUAAGAGAUUUCCUCGAAUAAGCGCCCAGGCGCUUAUUUAAAAUUUCGACUCAAAGGAGAGGCUCUUAUUGGAAGGAGGGCAUUUAUUAUUCUCCUGUACGGAUUCCGCUGUAGUCGAAGCUUUAAAAGUUAUAAAUAAAGCGGCAAUAGAAACAAGUUUUCCUUGAAUCCCUACUAUUUUAGAAAGUGAGAAGGAGGGGGGCGCUUAUCUGAGAAGGGCGUUUGUUUGAUAUUAUGGCCUAGGGGUAGGUGCUUACACGGGAGGGGGGGGGCUAUUAGAGCGUAGGCGCUUAUUCGAUGAAAUAUGGUAUUUAAAUUUAAAUGGCUCCCUUAAAGCCUUGACCGCUUGUGGCGAAAAAAUAUUUGACGUAGGAGAUUUAUUUGCUGUUUUCCUUUUCAACUAUCAGAACAACAACAACCGUCUUCAUCGCCAUACGGUCAGGAUGACUCGGACUCAUCUGAGCGGCGUAAUAAAUGGUUGGCCAUUGGUUUUGCUACACUGGUCAUGACACUGUACGCAUUGUCCACUGGUCUGAUCAGGGUAGAAAUCAAAAGAGAGGGAGAUGGGGAGAAAUCAAACUCAGAGCAAGAAAGCAGUGAAUGAAACACUGCAGUGUGAACCGAAUAAUGCUUAGGUUGUUAGAUAAGACGCACCAGGAAAAAAUACAAGGGGAGUACGCACAAUUGUUCAAAGUGAGCAUUACACAAGUGUUCUUCUAGCGUCAGGAAGGAUGGCAGGUUGUAAUAUAAACAAUAAAUUUAAACUUUUUCUUGACAGCGAAAGUGGUCGUUCGUGCCCUUACGCCCCUCCUAGCAACGUCCCAAACGGUGCGAAUUUCCAUUGCUUUGCCAACAUUUUCGGUUAUUUCGCCCUAUAAACGGUCAAGCUUUGUUAUUUUUGUUGAAGGCAUGUAAUUGGCCACUGACAGCUUGGAAAUCCUUCCAUCUUCGAUUAACUGAAACAUAAAUGACCACGUAACUUACAAAUUAUAGAAUUUUCCUUGAACUUAAAGUAUGAUGAUCUGUAACACUUCCGUUUUAUGAUUAUUAGGGACCUCUAGCAAACCACGACGGCGACUGAAACAAGGACGUGACAAAACAAAAGAUUUAAUGAGCAGAACAAGAGCUCAGCACGUGCGUUUUAAAACUGUGUACAUUUCUUAGCCGUCCUCUGCAAAAUAACAACGUGAAAUCAUCAAAAUUUGCCUGGUCCGAGAAGGGAAACCCCGACGGUAGAUUAUUUAAGUUUCCAUUUGAAACUCAACGCUGCUCUUAUACGUUAUGCUGAGGUUAACUUGCGGCGCCAUAAAAGAUGGUAAGCACAUCCAGUCACUCGCGAAAUUCCAACUGAAAAUAUGUGUUAAUUUUUAAAUUGACGUCCUCCUUGGCGUUGUUGUCAUAACUGCCAAAGGUCUCUAUUUUUAGCUGGGGGCAACGGUUUGAUAUUAUUCACAACUUCAUGUUAAGUAAAUGCAAACAUUGCCUUGUCUGCUAUUUUGUCAGAAAGGCUGUUAUUUGGUAUUUUGAUCAUAAAAAAUGUCACGAGGCAAACAUGUCAUUGACUUCCUUUCGAUAAAACUAAGUAUUUCAAUAAAACGCUCGGCACCUCUGG